AUGAGUGUGGUUGUUGUUAUUUCUCCAUCUAAAUAUAUAAGCAUUGUAACUCAUCGAUAUGGUUCGGAUAUUUAUCGUGAUUUUAUCCGAUUAAUCCAUUCUGGACAUAUUCUUCUCGUUGCUGAUUCAAUUCAUUAUAAAGGUGGUCUCGGUUGUGAAGAUGCCGUAGUACUUCAUCUUGGAAUGUAUCAUAAUGCAGUUGUUAUCUCGAACGAUACAUUUAAACCAAAAAUUGGAGAAGAACACGAGUACUAUAAUAAUAUUUCUAAUUCUAUUUUAUUUGUUAAUGAAAAACAAAUUUGUGAUAAUGAAAUCAUUUUAAAUUUUGUUGCUGAUGGAAAAUCAGGAGCAGAUGCGCUAAAAUACGUCGUAGAUCAGGCAAUGGAAUUAACAAAGAAUAAUGUUGAUCCAAUUUGUUUAAAUUGUAACACUGAAGAUUUUAUUCCUGAAAUUAUAAGACGACACCGCAUAUUCAACGUUAAUAAACAUCUUGAACGUUGUGAUCGUGUUGUAUUCGAUCAUCAUUGUAAAUUAGACAAAUACGCAAACCAAAUGAAUAUGGUGUGUAAACAAAUUGAAUCAGAGUCUAAUAGAGUCCCGAUCGAUGAUAGUUUGCUUUUAGUACUUAACACAAAAAAGCAAGAUUUAAUUGAAAGAAUCCAUGAUUACAAUCAAAAGGCUGUAACGUUCCUUGAGAAAAACAUGAUGUUCCGGCAAGAACUUAAUGAACAAUUAACUGCUCUAGGCAACAUAACUACGCUUCAACCUGUUUCUAUUGCAUCUAAAAUUCCAUUUCACGUAUUCGGCUCCGAAAAUAGUUUAGAUACGGAUGUGGUAAUACUAUUGGAAGACUAUCAGAAACCUGUUAAGUUUAUCGAUUGUCAAAAACUUUGUUCUAAACUGAAAUAUGAACUUGAAGAUUUGAAUUAUUUUGACCGGGAACCUAAUGUGAAUUUGGCUGUUGUUUCGGAUGAAGGCACUGUCAAAUGGGUGUUAAAAGGCAUAUCGGAUGAAACGAAUAAUGCUGUUUAUCAAACAUAUCACUUCCAUAAACAAUAUUAUCCACUUAUGAUUAAACAAAAUGUACAGCGAAAUGUUGAAAGCAAAAUAUUAAGAGCAGUAAGAGCUAUAUUAUCCCAACUUUCAAAAAGUGAAAAACGACAUAACAUAAAAAAUGCAUUAAAAAUCAAUCAGUUAUGUGUAAGAUUAGAAAUACUAAGAACACUUGUAUUCGAAACAUUGAAUUUUAAAACAAAUAAUGAGAAAAUUUUAACUGACACUGUCAAAUUAAUUGCGUUUCAGCUAGGACAAACAAUGGCGUUAAUUCAACAUAAAGAACUUUACACUAAAAACGAUGUAAUUAGAUUUGACUGUAGAUUGCGGCCGUAUCUUAUGAGAGAAAAAUGUGGACUAGAACUAUUGACGGUUGUUAAAAAUGAAUUUAUUGAUAUGAUAGAACUGAUGUUCAUCGAUCGUCCGUAUUUUAAAACAAGUGCCGAAAUUUUAAAUACUUAA